UUUCCUUCAAAUAAAUCUCCUUAGUAAGAAUUAACUCUUACAAAACUAGCAAAAGUUCAAAUCAAGAUUUUUGAUGCACUGCACUUGCCGUUGAGACAAAGAGAAAGAGAAGAAAGAAAUUGAUGAAAAUGGUGGAGGAAGAGGUGGUGAUAGUUGGUGCAGGAAUAGCAGGGAUGGCCACGGGGGUGGCUCUGCAAAGACUUGGAAUUCAAGCCUUGAUAUUAGAAAAAUCUCAAGGCCUCCGAGCCACUGGUGCAGCCUUAACCCUCACCUCAAAUGCAUGGCUUGCUCUUGAUGCUCUUGGGGUUGCUCACAAGCUCUCUUCCCUUUAUGCUCCUUUAAAGAUGGGAUUUGUCACCGAUGUUGGAACUGGAGCUACCCAAGCAAUCUCCCAUGGUGGAGCCACUGGGAUUGAAGAAGGACCAAGAACAGUUCAUCGUAAAACCUUAUUAGAGGCGUUGGCAGAUGAAUUGCCGAUUGGCGCCAUCCGUUUCUCUUCGCAUAUUGACGUCAUUGAAACACAAGUACAGGACGGUUCUCCAAUUCCUGUGAUACAUUUGAGUGAUGGUACUGUAAUCAAAUCCAAGAUUUUGAUAGGAUGUGAUGGGGUACACUCGAUCGUGGCACGUUGGCUAGGACUUGGAUCACCAGUAAAUUCAGGGAGAUCAGCUGUGCGUGGAUUGGCUGUGUUUCCUGAUGGCCAUGGCUUGAAGCAGGAAUCCAGACAAUUUGUAGACGUAGGCCUAAGGGCUGGAUUUAUUCCUCUCAGUGACAAAGAUGUCUAUUGGGGACUCACUUGUUUAUCUUCACCCAAAGGAGAAAUCAUGGCAGCAGACCCAGAAGUGAUACGAAGAGAAGUCCUGGAGAACUAUGUUAAAGACUUCCCUGAAAUAUUCAAAGAUAUGAUCCAGCAUAGCGAUCUUUCAACAUUGACAUGGGCUCCAUUGAUGUAUAGGUAUCCAUGGGACAUCGUUUUUGGCAAUUUAAGGAAUGGAAAUGUCACGUUGGCCGGUGAUGCAAUGCACCCCAUGACACCUGACCUUGGGCAAGGUGGCUGUGCAGCUCUAGAAGAUGCAGUGGUACUCGGCCGACACAUUGGCAAUUCAUUAAUAAAAAACGGAGGACUUGUUCCAGGGGCAAUUGCUCAGGAUUUAGAUGGUUAUGUUCAAGAAAGAAAGUGGCGUGUGACUUGGUUGGUCAUAGGUUCAUAUUUUUCAGGGUGGAUUCAACAAGGAGGGUCAAAUCGGUGGAUGAAAUUCCUGAGAUAUGUCUUUUACAAGUACUUCUUUAUGAGGAUUUCUAGUGCCGUAGAUUAUGAUUGUGGGAAAUUGCCAAGUGUUCCUUUCUCUAGUGAAUUGGACAACUCAAAGAAAAUAGAAUAAGCUUUCAUAUUAUGUUGAAGUUUGAGAAUUCUUGAAAGACAUAUUUAUGUACCUUGUAGGAAAUGGUUUUGCAUCCAAUAAAUAUUAUUUAUGAUUGAUAUAUAAAAGUAAGAAGAAAAAUAAUUGAUC